AUCGCAAUCGCAGAUGGAUCAUCUGAAAGAUCGAGGCACUCACUUGGUCAUUGCAUGUCUUCUCUUGGUGGGUCUUCUGUACAAUUGCUUCAACUCGACUCCAACGGGCACUCACCUCCUCUUUCAGCUCCCAGGCAAGAACACUCAUCCCUCCAUCGUUUCGGGAUCAAACGCAACCGAGUACAGGGAUGAGCUUGAGGAAGCAUUGCCUAAGGCGUCAAGGCCAAGCAAGACGAUGAUCAUAGCGAUGGUGAAUGACGCUUAUGUAGAAGGGGAUAAGCCGAUGCUCGACUUGUUCUUGGACGGGUUUUGGCUGGGGGAGGACACACGCACCCUAGUCCACAAUCUUUAUUGGUGGCAAUCGACCAGAUGGCAUUCGAGCGAUGCUUGUUUCUGAGGCUUCACUGCUACAAGCUCCAAACGGAGAAGGAUUUAGCUGGAGAGAAAGUGUACAUGUCCCAGGACUUCAUCAAUAUGAUGUGGAGGAAUCGUGGCAUUAUUAGGCAGAGCUUCAGCAUUGCGUCGCAGUUAUUAGAUUCAUCUUUGAAGCAAUUGAUCGGUGAUUCUUGACUAUUGGAACUUUGCUCGAUUUGAUAAGCCACAUUAGGCGGCCUCAUGUAAUGCAUGGGCUCAACCGGAGCCUAUUCUAAUGCAUAUAUGAUAUAAGCAAAUUUUAUUUACUGAUGACUUAAAUUUACCUACAAUAAUCUGAAAUUUGUAACCUUAUUAUUGUGUGAUUUACCAAUUAGUUUUCAAUUAACUUGUCGA